GCACCCCACGACCCAGAUCGCCAGCAAAGCUGCUCGCUGCUGCCUCUUCAGUUCCUGGCCUUCUGCCGCACGCGCCCAUCCGCCUGGCCGACCUGCAUGGUAUUUCGAUAUCUGGCUGUUUGCUGCUCCGCUGAUGCAUGCUGCAAAGCUGCAAGAGCAGCAUUUCGCAAACUUGCGGCAAUGGAAGACAUUUUGGAAAUCCGCGGAAGUGUGGAUUUCAUCUGCAUGUGCACUGGCACAAGCGACCCUGCCAAUCAUCGCUGCCAGCAUCGGCAGACUGCAGAAAGGCGCACAAUCUCGGAUGA